AUGUCUCUUACUGUCGUCGUGCUAGUGCGACGCGCAAGGCCUGCUCGGCGCCCGUUGACCGUGGGUGCUUCGAUUAUCGAGGAACAGCACCCAUCUACGAGUCAUUUGCUGCGAAGGGAUACUGAAACAUUGGAAAUCGCUGCUACUGCUACAUCUAGAAGUUCAUCAGACUCCACCAUCGAUACCAUUGAAGAUGUUGACGUACACGCUACGAGCUCUACAAGCGGCUCGCGAUUGGCCUCAUCCGCUCCGAAUUCAACAACAUGGCGGCCAGCAGCCGAGCCCGUCCAUUUCACUGCACACAAUGAUGUGUUGGACUCGAGCAGUUCGUUGGCAUUGGGAAAUGUGCACCCGGGAAUUCUCUGUUCAAAUUUUGCGGUUGAUCAACUCACGCACGCCAUUUAUGCUUUCCCGCAGAUGAUGAUGCGCCGGCAGACCUUCCCCCCCUUCAUACACGCUCAUUGGCAUAUGUCGGAGUUACCAGAAACCCUUGCAAAUUGCAUGAGCAUCGCACAAAUCUACGCGACUCGGACACCAGAAACCAGGCCCUUCCUCUGGAGAAUGAUCGGGGUCGAGCUGCAACGAUUUCAAGGCGAGACCGAAAUUGCUUCAAUGUACAGCCUUCAGCACUCUUUGCAAGCAAUCAUGCAAUUUAUCAUCAUGGCGAUUACUGAUCAAGAUGCAAUCGCCUUGACUUGGGCGCCGAAGCUAAUCGAGACAUUUCACAUCUUGUGUACUCGAAUCCGUACUCUUCUCAAUGGCGAAUGUUUCACAUAUUUUGGAGAAACCAUCCCGGAUGCGACUUGGGAAGAAUGGACAUUUGCGGAGACCCGACGACGAAUUAUAUGUGUCUGGUUCUUCAUGAGCCGCAUCAUUUCCCCUACAGUUAGCAAGUCUUUCAUGCGUGUCUAUCCUUUGCAUAUGCUGCCUUUGGUCUCGAAUAAGUCUCUUUGGGAAGCUCGUAGUCGCCAGGAAUGGGAAACUGAAAGAGCACUACAAGACGCCUGUUACCCGAUGACCACUUUUGCAGAGCUUAUAGAAGCAAAAAGACGGUCAAACGAACCAUUUUACAAGCGGAGACUAGAGACUUGGGACGCUGGUGUGGAUAAGAUGGGGAUGCUUAUAAACAUUGCUACGGAUCUAAUCUAG